AGAGUAAGAGACAAACAAAACCAUAAAAUUAAUGCAAACUUUGUAUGAAAUUAAUUGCAAUUAAAUAUAUUUUACGAUAAAAUUCAUAUGAAAUCAAAGUGAAGCCAAUAAACAGACAAAUCUGAUGGCAAUUAUGCAAAGGUUUUGUAACUAUAGCUCACUAUUGAAACACAACUUCAAUAACGGAUUGGUUUCGCAAACGAUUCGAGCCCUACACUCGAGCGAUGUCCGUCUGGAGAGCGAGGGGUGGCUGUCGAAGCUGUUGAUGGUGCGGAAGAUUGACCCUGGUAGAGAGUCCCACUCCAGACUUCUUAGCGAUACGGAGAUUGUCUACGAAAUGCAAAAGCACGACGUGAAGCCCAGCAGUUCCGAGGCUUAUCUCAACAAUUAUGAGAAGUGGACGAAUCAGUUGCAGACGAAGAACUCGAACGCGGAACUGGUGGGCAGUUGGAAAGUGGCCAUCGGUGACCAGGAUCAGUAUAGUUAGUGUCCACUCUUUAUCAGUUAUAAGACAUUCAAAUCAAUUGUAUUUCGAUUACCAAAGUCCACGUCUGGCGCUAUAAGGGAUGGCGUAUGGC